AAAGACCUGAUACCAACAAAGAGGCAUUAGAAACAGAUCAUAUCUGCAAGGAUGAAGACUUUAUGUGCUGCCCUUGUUUUGCUGAGUCUCGUCUCAGUGUGCCAGCCUGCAUCGCUGGCCUGUGAGAAGUUGGUGAAGCCAUUAGACCGAGAUCCAGAUAUGACUGGGAGGUGGUACUUUAUAGCUAUGUCCUCAGAGGUCUGUUUGGUUUCAGCGUUUGUUAAUGCUUUACUUUGGCCAAGCGUCUCAAUGGAUGUAAUUUCUAAGGACACGCCAAACCACUACAGUGAAGUUACAUAUGGUAAAAUGCAUGGAGUUUGCUUCAAUGCAAACACAUCAUUUGUCUAUGCAAACAGCAGCCUCGUUGAGGUCAAUAGUGAUAAUACCCCAGCUGAGGACCCAGAUGCAAUGCUGCAAACUAGUUGUCCUGACUGCGUCGUUGUCAAAGAGGAAAUGAACACUCUUUUACUCUUGAGUAAACGCCCAGCUGUUACUGCUACUGAGCUGAAGGAGUUUGAGAUGCAGGCAGAGUGUCUGGGCUGGUCCAAACCAGAGAUCCUCAACACCGAUCACGACUAUAGAAGCUGUGCGUCACUUGAAGAUAUAGAUGAGGAUGAAAUCAUCCAAGUGCUUCAGAGUUUCUUUCAGAAGAUGCUUGAAAGGGUGACAAACACUUAUCAUAUCAUAUCCAAAUGUGUGAAUGUGUGGCAAAUGGUUUCCUUUUAAUUCUCCCCUUUCUUUUAAGAAGUAAAUGACCAAUGUGAUUCUGAGCUUCUUUUUUAUGAUCUACAAUAUAAGACUUUAAACGUUUAUAUGAAUUAACUCAAUUGUGAAUAAAGCCACAGGUACCAAUUCUCUUCUUUCUGAAG